AUGUUAACAGAUGCCUACGGUUAUUCACACGAGCAAGGCUAUACAUCAAAUGAAACAAAAUUUUUUUUACAAACAUGUUUAAUACUAUUAAAUCAGAUAAAUAAAGUGGAUAGUUGUGAUGCGUUGACCGAUUAUUUACUAUCUCAUUUAUGUCAAAUGGUUAUGGACGAUGAAAUAUCCAUUCGUCGUCUAAAAUUGAAAUCGAUGAUUAGUUACUUAGUUAAGGAAUUUAUUCAGAAUUAUUCUCUCUACAAGCUGACACUAAACGAUGUUGAAUCGGACGUGAAACAAAUCAAAUAUGUUGAAAAGAAACAAAUUAGAGGAGUAACAUUUCAUCCUUUGCCCCUGGAAGAGAGUAAACCAAUUCAGUUGUACGAGUAUGAAAACGAAAUGGAAAAUUUAGAAAAACGUCGACAACAAGUGUUGAGACACUAUGAACAUGAGCGAAAUAAAUACAACGACGCCUCUCUCUCUUUCGCCUCUGAAGAUUUAUGCAGUGGUAAUGGUGAGAAUUGCUACGAGAAUGAAAAAUUAAUCAACUCGAAACAGGAGCUACAAUCAAUGAUUCACGAAACGACGAAAUUAUCGUUUCAAAAAUUGGAUCAAUAUUUCCAGUGUAAUGUCGAUGAGCUCAGGGAAAAUAUGAGAUAUCAACUAACCAUGGCACGUCUAGUCAAACCGGACAUUGGUUACAUUCGAGAGGUGCUCGAUACACCAACGAAAAACAAGUUAAAUUCGGUAAAAAAAGAUGGAAAAACAAACAAAAAUUUGGAGAAGAAAAUUGGUGGGAAAGGAAAAAAUUAA